UUUUGUGGCCCAUUAACAGCCUCUGCGACGCAUUCAUCCUCCGUCCCUCUUGGAAAAUUCUACUCCUAGGUCUUUCACACACUUGCAACAGUUCUAUGCAGGCAGUAGGUGAAAUGUGAACCCAUCACUCGACGACGACGAAGGCGACUUCUUCAGUCUGGAGUAAUCUGGGCCUGUGAUUGACUUUGCUUGUCCUGUCCUUGAUCAUUGUAUAUAGUUAUAUACAUUGAAUAAGCCAGCUGAACGAUAUGGAUAGAUCUUCCAAAAUGGCUCUUGGGUGGCUGAAACAGCGUAAAGGAAGAAUUCACGGAGUAUCUUGUAGAGGCAAUCGAAUCAGCUUCGGCAAAUUUGCUCUUCAGGCACUUGAACCAGGGCUGAUCUCAUCCAGACAAAUAGAAGCAGGGCGGCGAGCAAUUACCCGAAAUUUGCAGCGGAGCGGAAAAAUAUGGACUCGAGUGUUUGCAGACAAGCCGGUAACAGCAAGACCUGCAGAAACACGCAUGGGUAGAGGGAAAGGAGCCACCAAAUAUUGGGCAGCCGUGGUCAAACCGGGGAGAAUACUUUAUGAAAUUGGCGGAGCUGUAGAAAAUAUAGCCAGAAAGGCAAUUUCAGUGGCCGCAUCGAAAAUGCCCAUACGAACAAAAUUCAUCACUGGCUCUAGUACACGGUCGAAGGGGGAAAAUUAACAAGUUUUCCCUUAUCAGAAAGGAUAUUGGUGAUUGCAGGGAUCAUCCUUCUAAAUGCUGAGUAUGCAGAAUCAGCUUUGUUUUUGUGCCUAGAAGCUUCAUUAUGAGAGUUCUUUUGAAUUUUGUAUUUGAAUCAAUCUCUAGAUUCAUGGAGCAUUGUACUCUUUGUGGAAUUAGUCUUGCUAAGCAAUUCAUGGGUGGAAUAAUUUUUAGCAUGAAUAUCUCAGAAUCUUAAAUUAGUUUGAUUUA